UUUCCACCCCAGCGAACAGCACAGAGAGAGCGGAGAGAGUGAGGAGAAGAGCUGUUCUGACUGCCGGAGAAUAGCGUCAUUUAACAAACAAGAAAAGAGCGUAGGCCUAUAGGACUCCGGGGAAAGGGAAAUAUCAGCGCGGAUAUUUGGAUUAAACAACUGAUUUACCGCGUCAUCUCUUUAUUUCUACUUCAAAAGUUUAUCCAAAGACCUGUAGUGGAGAGGUCUGAAAGAAGCAGCAAAUCAAAGUUUGGAGGAGGAAAAUCCAUUCCAAGCUUAUAAGUCAGUUUUCUGUUGGAUAAAGAUGCCAGAGAAGAAGAUCGGAAGUCCAGGGAUGACCAUCUUCAGUCCGUAUCGUGUGGUCGCUGCGGUCGCAGUGAUCUUGAUCAUACUGGGGGGACUGGGAGCCGCCAUCUGGGCCCUUGGUAAGACUUUCAGCUCGGCUUUCUGGGAAUUGUGGGUUGCUUCUAUAACGGCUGAUUUAAUGGAAUACUGCACUCUCAGACACUUAUUACACUUGUUUUGUUUGUUUGAUUUUUUAGUCACGUAUCUUAGAACAACAGAAGAUACUGGAUUAUUUGAUGUGCAGGUGAGUGCAGCUGACCAGAGGCUGAGAGUGUUCGACUCCACGCAGCGGAGAUGGAGACACGUCUGCUCGUCCAGCGUCAACCAGCUCAUCGCCAACAUCAGCUGUGAGGAGAUGGGCUUCAUCAGAGCAGUAAAUGUCUCAGCCACAUGUGCUCCUGACAAUGGUGGUGACCGAGAUUUUUUCUGCGUGAAAGAUAGCGAGUUAACAUACGGGAAGAAGAUAAAAACAGCCCUUUAUCCUUGUAAAUGUGACAAAGGUCAGAUACUAGAGGUGAUUUGUCAGGACUGUGGCCGUCGUAUGCUGCCUGAAGAGCGGAUCGUGGGGGGAGUCGAUGCUCGCCAGGGUUCGUGGCCAUGGCAGGUCAGCUUACAGUAUGAUGGAGUUCACCAGUGCGGUGGAUCCAUCAUUUCCGAUCGCUGGAUUGUCAGUGCUGCACACUGCUUUCCUGAGAGGUAUCGUCACGUGUCACGCUGGCGGGUUCUGAUGGGAUCGAUCUACAACACUCCCAUCCGUAAGAACGUUAUGAUUGCCGAGGUGAAGACUGUUGUCUACCACAGCAGUUACCUGCCCUUCGUCGACGCCAACAUUGACGACAACAGUCGUGACAUUGCAGUCCUGGCGCUGACAAAACCUCUGCAGUUCACUGAUUAUAUACAGCCAGUGUGUCUUCCGACCUACGGCCAGCGUUUGGCGGAUGGGCAGAUAGGUACAGUAACUGGAUGGGGUAACAUGGAGUAUUAUGGCACUCAAGCUAACGUCCUCCAGGAAGCCCACGUGCCCAUCAUCAGUGACACUGUGUGCAAUGGUCCUGAUUACUAUGACAACCAGGUCACCACCACCAUGUUCUGUGCUGGUUAUGAGAAGGGGGGAACCGACUCCUGCCAGGGGGACAGUGGCGGUCCUUUUGUAGCAGCGGAUGUCCUGUCUAAGACCAGCCGCUAUCGUUUACUGGGGGUGGUAAGCUGGGGCACAGGCUGUGCCAUGGCCAAGAAGCCCGGCGUCUACACCCGUGUGUCACGCUUUCUGCCCUGGAUUUCUACAGCCAUGAGGAUGUAUGAGAAUUCCCCAGGAGUGCACAAAAUGGCACGGGCGGUUACACCAUAGCCAUUUAGAGUGGAAAAAUGUGUUAUAUGUGACUAAAAUAUUGCCCGUUGAGGUCAGAUUGGUUUCUCGGAUCUGUGGCUGUGAUCAGACGUCUGAUAUGGAUCAGAUGUUCUGUGAUGAUCAACCUGUCUCAAGGACAAAUAUCUUUUGCAAUAUUUGACUCAUGGAGGUCAAGAACCAUUUCUGAUGCUGGCAAUUACCAUACAAUGUGUUUUAUUUUUAUUUUUUGAAAAAAUCUGUCUCCGAAGUAUAGUACCAUAAGAUGGUAAUCACAUUUGCAAUUUUGGCCCAAUCCAAUACCACCCUUAUAUAAUCAUAAAUAUGAGUGUAGAACAAAACACUAAACUUGGUUAAGGUAUUUGGCCAAUUAUUUCGCCAACUAUAACAACAGGUUUUAAUAAGCUAAACAAAUGCAUAGAAAAACAACAAACUCACAGGAAAAAGCGAACAUUGACAAUAUAAUCAAUUAUUAAGAUUUCAUUAGUUCUCUCUUGUUUUUGUAUGCAUUCAUAAUUUCUUUGUAUGACAGCCUGGCCAAAAAUGAUGUCUGCACAAUUUGCGUUAUCACGAUUAAAACAAUUGACUCCAUAUACAACUAUGCAAUUACAAAAUCUAAUUUUUAAUAAUAUUUAAAUGAAGGGUGAAGAUGUCAAUUUUCCUAGGCCGGACAUACGUUUUUAUUUUUUAUUUCAUUUACGUGUGCGUGUGUGUGUGUGUGCGCAUUUAUCUAAAUAUAUGCAAAAACAUAUAAAUGAAAUAAUAAAUAUUUUUGUCCUAGUUUAUUGCAGGUUUGUACAGCGUGUUUGGUACCAAGAAUAAUUAAAUAUAUGGUCAUGUUGGGCUUUAGUCAGAUACAAAAUUAAUAAAAGAUUAAUAAUUAAAAAAAAAGCAUUUUUUUCUUAAUUUGAGAAAUAAAAUGCUGCAGACAUAAUAUGGUCUCCAGACAGCAAGAAAAAUACAAUUUAUUUUAUCACAAUCCUAAUCUAAGAAGGAUUUUAUCUCAAUACAGUAUUUAUAUCAUCUGUUUAGUGACACAGGUACAGUACAGUGUAUGCUAUACUGUAUACAUAAUAAUAUAGGCAUAAGAGUCAAAUCUUUAGUACAUGAAAUAAUAAAUAGGAUUUUACUGAAUAAUACAGGAUUCUGUGAAAUGUGCUGUACUAAAAUGGGUUUUGUAAAUUUAUAUGGCCAACACAGUGAAAAUGUUUCAUGAAAACUUCACACUUCAUGUAUUUUACAUGUAUUUUAUUUUCUGUGUUAAGCAUUGAUAAGAUCCAAACCAAAGACUGGUUAAGAGAGCAGCAUGAAUAAACUCAUAGCUGUGGCAGUCA